CCCUGCAAACACCUACAGGUAAUUAAUUCAAAUUCUCCAGACUGAGUCCCCUAGCAAAAGAAGAAACCAUACUCAUUACAGAUUCAACUUCACGAACAAAUUUAUUAAAUCCCUAAAAAUUAAAAUUAGGGUUUUAUACUACACUCUGUAACUUCAAAUUUAGGGUUUUGGGUUACCAAUUUUGGAGCUAAUUGCAAAUGGAGGCUGCGGUUGUCGAUGCUGGCUCGAAGCUUUUCAAAGUUGGACCUGCAAUUCCAGAUCAAGCUCCUUCAAUGAUAAUUCCUACUCAAAUGAAGCGCAUACUUGAAGAUGGGUCACCAGGUGAUAAUGAUAAUUCUUUAGCAGAAGGUGUAACUGUGGAUCCUGUUGUGAGAGGUUUUGUUAGAGAUUGGGAUGCCAUGGAGGAUUUGUUGAACUAUGUUCUCUACACGGGUCUUGGAUGGGAAGUGGGAAACGAAGGACAAAUUUUGUUCACAGAUCCACUUUGUACUCCCAAGGCUGUGAGAGAGCAACUAGUGCAGCUCAUGUUUGAAACAUUUAAUAUCACGGGGUUUUAUGCUUCAGAACAAGCAGUCCUGUCCCUUUAUGCUGUUGGGCGUAUCUCAGGAUGCACUGUUGAUAUCGGCCAUGGCAAAAUUGAUAUUGCUCCAGUAAUUGAAGGUGCAGUUCAGCACAUUGCCUCCAGAAGAUUUGAGUUCGGAGGUGCUGAUUUGACAAAGUUACUUGCUCAAGAGCUAGGUAAAUCUAAUCCUUUGGAGAACCUUAGCAUCUCUGAUAUUGAAAAAUUGAAAGAGCAAUACUCUUGCUGUGCUGAAGAUGAACUUGCUUAUGAGAAAAUGAAGCAAUCAUGUGAGAUAGAGCAGCAUACUCUACCUGAUGGACAGGUGAUAAGAAUUGGAAGAGAAAGAUUCACUGUUGGUGAGGCUCUAUUCAAACCAUCUAUAUUGGGCUUAGAGGCCCAUGGAAUUGUUGAGCAGCUUGUUCAUAGUAUAUCAACAGUUUCUUCUGAGAACCAUCGGCAGUUGCUAGAAAACACUGUUCUAUGUGGAGGCACUACUUCUAUGACUGGUUUUGAAGAUAGGUUCCAGAAAGAAUCUGGUUUGUGUUCAUCAGCUAUCCGUCCUGCACUAGUGAAGCCACCAGAAUAUAUGCCAGAGAAUUUGACACUGUAUUCAGCCUGGGUGGGAGGUGCAAUACUGGCUAAAGUUGUGUUUCCCCAGAAUCAGCAUGUAACUAAGGCAGACUACGAUGAAACUGGACCUUCUGUUGUUCACCGGAAAUGCUUCUGAAAAUUCUCGUCUGACUGAGUUCCUAACGUUUCUCUGAUAGCGCCUUGUUGUAUUAUAGUAGAUGCUAUUUUACUGGAAAACUCAGAACCGUAACUUGAUUACUUGCACUGCAGAAGGAUAAAUCCUCACUAAUCAUAACAAGGGUGGGCGAUUUGUAUCUUUGCACAGAGAGUAAAUCAAAUGAUCCAAUCAAAGUCAUUGUUGUAUA